ACACUCCAGCGAAGAAGAAACAUGAAGGCAGCAGUAGUCCUGUGUGUGGUGGCGGCGGCGUGGGCGGCUCCCCAGGGCGGCUACAACUACCAGGCGCCCGUCGUGCAGCAGCCCGAGUACCCUUACUACGUCCAGCUGCCUGACUCUCGCCUCAUGAGGGUCGAGUACUACUCCGACGCCAGCGGCUUCCACCCCACAGUCACCUUCGAGGGCGAGGCUCAGUACCCAAGCGCCCCUACCCAGGUGUACUCCCAGCCUGAGAACAUGUUCCGAGACACUGAACAUGAACUGAAGUCUCUUGGUUGUGAACGAGCAUAA